AUGGGUCAACAAGUUGUUUGGCUUUCCCUUAUGAUCGUAAUGCUGUAUGUGGGACUUUCGAGCGCUCAAAAGGCAAAGUGUGAGAAGAGGCCAACGGUGACUGGAUCAUGUAAAAACUACAAAAUUAAAUGGUUCUUCUCCAGCAGCCUUAAGGAGUGCAUUAUGUUUCACUGGGGCGGCUGCAAUCACACGGAGAAUAUCUUUGAUAACGGGGAGGAUUGCGAGGCUCAGUGCAUGGGUCUAGAGAAAUGCAAUGAUGAGCCAAGUCAAACUGGACCCUGCAAGGCCUCGUUCCAAAUGUGGCGCUUCAUCAAGAAGCGGCUGGAGUGCGAGUCCUUUACCUACGGUGGUUGUCUGGGCACAAAGAAUAUAUUCGAACUGGAGUCGGACUGCAGAGAGCAGUGCCUGAGCUAG